GGGGGGAGCGAUAGAGAGGCAUGUGAGCCUCGUGAGCCCAAGAUGAGCGCCUGUUGGAGGGCCUCCUUGGCGGCGCUGGCAGCUGUGGCGGUGGCGCUUUCGGAAGACAUUGCAGAGUGCAAGGAUCGUGAUGAUCGCUGGUCGGCCUAUGGUACGUCCUGCGAGAGGAUGAAGGCCAUGUGCGAAGACGACUUCUAUGGAGAAUUGGUGCGCAGCUGGUGUCCCCUCACUUGCGGAGCGUGUCGCGCCUCCUCACAGGAGAUCGACGACCUGGCCUGGAGCGCCACGGCGAGAGACAGCACCAGCGCGACAGAGAACGCGACGGAGCGUUUUGCAGUGCAGCGACAGGAGUCAAACGUCAGCUUCUUGAAUGCAUCGGCUUUACGUACGGAGCUUCCGCUGCCGCACCGAACAGGUCCAGGAAAUCUUUCGUCUUCUCUCUGGAGGACCGGAGAGGACAGGGGAGCGGACACAGGUCGUGAGUUCCGCGAGCUCCGCGAGGAACACAACCUGAGCGCCGGGAAGGCGAUCCUGCUAUUGGAAGAGCUUGACGAGGUGCCAUCGCCAAACUUUCACACCUUUUGUGUUUCUGUGGCGAGCCGCAAGGCAGCUGAGGUCUCGGGCGCGGGCUCCGGCCCGAGCGUGGCCAGCCUUGUGUCUGCUUUUGGGCUUUGUUGGGGGCUUUGUGCUGGGCUUUGGGCGUCCGAGGACCCUUGUCGGCGCAGCGGCCUGAGAUGGGCUCCGGGCAGGGGUGAGAGAGAGGCUGCGCAGAGCAGGCUCGAUGCCCUCGGAAAGCAUGCUGUGGGGGCACUGAGUAGCACGCUGGAUGCUCUGAGCCCUCGCCCCAGAAUUGCCUCGGCGCGUGGCUCGGAAUUUCUGGACGACGUUGAGGACCUUGGCAACUGGAGCGAAAGCGAGAAAGAGCCCAAAGGCGGCAAGGGCGCAGUGGCUCAAAUGCUGGAUUUCUUGCUUCCGGACUUGGAGGAAGAGGAGAAGAAGGUGUGCCCGGAAGGCUGGGAGCGGGUGCUGGGUGACGUCUACGGCGGCGACCAGUUCUCCGGUGGCUGGCGCCACUCGGCCGAGUCGGUCGAGGACUGUGCCUGGAAGUGCUUGACGCAGCCUGGAUGCGGGAGUUUCGAGUGGAGUGAGUCCAGGAAGAGGUGUCUCCGCAACAGCCAGACACGACCCACGCAUGAGGCCGAUCGUGCGGGCUUCGUGUUUUGUCGACGCCAACCGUGCCCAAGCUUCAAGACUCACAAGGACUGCGUCGGGCCGGGUGUUUCACCGGGCUUUUACUCCAAAGAGGUACGUAUGCGGCCGGGCAGCUACUGUAUUUGGUCCGGCGGCGCCUGCCAGGCCCCGAUGGCCUGCACGGACUCGGACUGUUUCUUGCCGGACGGCGGCCUGCCGGGCAUGGACCUGCCCAGUCGCUACACGCUCUGGAUCUCCCGCGAGGGCUUACAGGCCACCAUGGCCUCGGGCCGGCACUGA